AGGCCUGUUCUGUUUGGGGAUGAAAAGCGAACAGCUGAUCGGUGAACUCCGGCUUGGGCAUUUUUAAACGUUGCUUUUAUUAUUCUCUUUAAAAAAAAAACACACACACACACACGCACGCGUAACAACGCGUGCUUGCAUUUGUUUACAAACAACAAGAAGAAUAAGGAGCAGAAGAACAAGAGGAGGACGUCUUUAAACCCGUCGUAAUGCGCUGAAGGAGGAGUAGGAGGAUAAAGACCUCUCACCACUCAUGUCAAUGGAGGAAAAAGAAUCCCUGCAGAGGCAGAUUCGCUUCCUCACGGGUCUCAUCAACGCACACAGGAGUCAGCAUGGAGACGCGCCACGCUGGCCGUCGGAUCACCUCUUGGGCCGUGGCCUGGUCGACCCUUCGUCCUGCACGUGGACCAACCCGGCACGCGCCCGUGUUGUCUCCUCGCCACCGACCGUCGCUUCCGUUCUGCCGCCGCCGGCGCCCGGCAGACCGAAACGACCGGCAGGGUCCGCCCGUCUCCGUCUCGGCCCCGCCACGGCCGUGACGUCGAGCGUCCCCGCGGUCCCGGCGGCGGGGGCCGUCCCGUCGAGCGGCUCCGGCAAAGCCGCGGCCGUCCCGCCGGGACCGCUCGACGUGACGCUGGCGCGCCGCAGUCCGGCGGCACCGAGCGUUUGCCGCGCGCCCAGGAAGCCCGUGAUUUGCGCCGACGGGCUGUCACGCUACUCGUGGCGACGGCCCCCCCCUGUGCGCGCCGCCCCCGCCGGCGCGAAGGCCGGCGGCCAGGCCCCGCCGACGAGCGCCGACGUUCCGAAGGGCUCCGCUCCGGGCCCCGCGCCGGCGCCAGCCGCGGCGGCUCGCGUCCGUGGCGGCGACAAGAAGCAGCUGCAGCAGUUGCAGCAGCUGCAGCAGCUGCAGCAGCUGCAGCAGUUGCAGCAGUUGCAGCGGCAGGCCACGAAGCAGCGCAGCAGCACGCCGCUGUCGGCCCGCUCGAAGGCGGCCAUCGCCGCCGCCACCACCUCCGCCGCCGCCGGCACCAAGUACGUGUGGACGGGCGCCACCGCCGGACGCGGCGGCCCGCUCGCCGCCACGCCUGCGUCCGGUGUUUCGCCCGGCUGGGGCUUGUCUCCCGUGACGCGGUCCCAACGGACGGACGCCGAGUCCACCGAGGUCGGUCCAGCGACGUCGUCGGCCGGCGCCGCCCCCGCCGCUAUCACUGCGGCGGCGGCGGCAGCGGCGGCAAAGCCGCAGAAGGGACGGCCGCCGCGAUUUCCGGCCGCUCCCGAAGCCGCUUCUCCCGCCGCGGUGCGUCCCGGAACCUCCCGCUACAAGUGGAAGUCGAGUGGCGGCGACGGUGGCGGCACUUUGAGAACGCCGUCGCCGUCCGCGGCCGCCACCUUCCCCGGCGCGACGAUUUUGGCCCCGGCGAGGAACCGGACGAAGUUCGUGCGGUGCAGGAGCGUGCUCUACGCGACCGCGACCACACCGCGCGUCACCGGGAAGGUGGCGCUCAGGACCAGGUACAAGCUGGUGCGGCAGCCGUGGGGCCCCGCGUCCCCACGCACGCCACGGAGCGGGCCGCACGCGCGCGGAGACUUCAUGAUGCGGAGGAUGAGCGUCAUCAAGUCGCGGCCCCAGGCCGACCUGACCCAGACGCACAGCAGCGCUGACGUGUGGUGGGGCCGGAGGUGCCUGCGACUCAUCGGCGGCGUAGCCUACAGCGUGACGGCCCAGCGGCUCGCACGAGCCGGCCACGCGCGGCCACCGUCACAGCAGCAGCAGGGUCACGGAGCGGCCUCAUCGCCCGCUAGGACCCCAUCGCCAGCUCGCUCGCGAGCCAAAGGAGGCAAGACGCUGCACGUGUACGUGAACCAGGGCGGCGUGCGCUACUCGGCAAGCCACUCGGGCAAGAAGCUGCGUCGACUGCACUCACCAAGGCUGGGUGCCAGCACGAUGUUCUUCGCUAGAUCGCCGGCGACGCUCAGCCCCGGCAACAUCUCAUUCUCGGCCAGCAACAACAACAGUAGCAGCAGCAGCCGCGUCCUCGCCUCGAGCGCGGUUCAGCGGAGCGUGCAGCUCAUCCGCCGGGCGAGGCUGUGGCGACGGCUGGAGCGACCGCGUGACUACUGCACCUUCUACAACCGCUUUGGCCGCUGCAACCGCGGCGACGCCUGCACCUUCCUGCACGACCCCGACAAAGUGGCCGUGUGCACGCGGUUCCUGCGCGGGACUUGCAGGAAGACGGACGGGACCUGCCAGUUCUCGCACAAGGUGUCCAGAGAGAAGAUGCCUGUAUGCUGCUACUACCUGCGCGGCGUGUGCAGCAGCGCCGACUGCCCCUACAGCCACGUGAAGGUGUCGCGCAAGGCCGAAGCCUGCGCGGACUUCCUCAAGGGCUACUGUCCGCUCGCCGAGAAGAGCCAGGAGUGCGGCUCCUCCCCCGACGCCCACGGUGAAGGGAGUUUAGGGACAUUCGUGCGGUGA